AUGGCCUCAAACCCAAUCUUGCCCAAAGAGGGCGAGCGUAAUAUCCUCAUUACCAGUGCUCUUCCUUACGUGAACAAUGUCCCCCAUCUCGGUAACGUUGUUGGCUCUGUCCUGAGUGCCGAUGUGUUCUCAAGAUAUCACAAGGCUUGCGGACGGCCAACACUAUACAUCUGUGGAACAGACGAAUACGGCACAGCGACAGAGACCAAGGCAUUAGAGGAGAAGGUGUCACCGGAGGAGCUCUGCGCCAAGUAUAACAAGAUUCACCAGGAGGUCUAUAAAUGGUUCAAUAUUGGAUUUGACCAUUUUGGUCGCACUCCGACCCCCAAGCACACCGAAAUUUCCCAGAGCAUCUUCAAGCGCCUUCAUGAAAACGGCUUCCUAGACGAGCGCACGGCCGAGCAACCUUUCUGUGAGAAGCACAACUCCUUCCUGGCUGACCGCUAUGUCGAGGGCGAAUGCCCCCGAUGCCACUACGACGACGCCCGAGGUGACCAGUGCGACAAGUGCGGCCAUCUCCUCGAUCCCUUCGACUUGAUCAACCCCCGCUGCAAGCUCGACGGAGCCACCCCGGUCCGUCGCGAGACGAAACACAUUCAUUUGCUUUUGGAUAAGCUCCAGCCCGAGGUUGAGAAGUGGUCCGCCGAGUCGAUCAGCAAGGGCGACUGGCCCAAGAACUCUCGAGUCAUCACCGAGUCCUGGUUGAAGGAGGGUCUGAAGGAUCGUGGUAUCACCCGUGACUUGAAGUGGGGUGUCCCAGUUCCUCUGGAAGGCUUUGACAAGAAGGUUCUUUACGUGUGGUUUGAGGCUUGUAUUGGGUACCCCUCAAUCACUGCCAACUACACCGAUAAGUGGGAACAGUGGUGGCGUAACCCCGAAAAUGUUCAACUUUACCAGUUCCUGGGCAAGGACAAUGUCCCAUUCCACAGUGUCAUUUUCCCUGCGACUCAGAUCGGUACCGGUGACAAGUGGACCAUGUGCCACCACCUGAGUGCCACGGAAUAUUUGAACUACGAGAGCGGCAAGUUCAGCAAGUCUCGUGGGAUCGGUGUCUUUGGAACAAACGCCAAGGAGACCGGCGUCGGCCCCGAUGUGUGGCGCUACUACCUGCUGAAGAACCGCCCCGAGACAGGUGACACUCAGUUCGAGUGGCGGCCCUUCGUGGAUGCCAACAAUAGCGAGCUGCUCGCCAAGCUUGGUAACCUGGUCAACCGUGUCAUCAAGCUUGUGAAUGCCUCCUUUGGCGGCGUCAUCCCAGAGUUCACUGUGCCCGAGAGCUUCCAGCCCUUCGAGGAGGAGGUCACCACUCUACUCAAGCAAUACAUCGACGAGAUGGAGAGCGUGCACCUGCGUGCCGGUGUCAACACCGCUAUGCGUCUCGCCGAAGCUGGUAACGGACUGAUUCAGGCCAACCGUCUCGACAACGCUCUGAUUGCCAACGAGCCCGAGCGAGCCGCCGCCGUCGUCGGUACCGUCCUGAACCUGAUCCACUUGCUCGCCAGUGUCUUUGCUCCCUACAUGCCCGGAACCUCCGAUUCCAUCCUUGAGCAGCUCAACGCUUCCUUCCUCCUGAUCCCCUCCCUUAAGGAACUCGAGUCUGGCUGGAAGCCCGAUAGCCUCAAGGCCGGCCACAAGAUCGGCAAGGCGCAGUACCUCUUUUCUCGCAUUGACCCCAAGAAGGCCGACGAGUGGCGCGAGGUCUUCGGUGGCUCUCAAGCCGAACGGGCCAAGAAGGCCGAAGACGCGGCCAAACUCGCGGCCAAGAAGGCCGCCGCCAAGGCCAAGAAGAAGGAGAAGAAGGAUAAGACCAAGGCUCCCGGUGGCGUUGAGGCCACGGCCAAAGGUGGAGCCGAGAGUCCCAGCGUGACAACCGACGGACCUCAGGACGAGGCCGUGCAGAAGAUUGCCGAUGGUGUCGCCCAGGUCACUCUUCCCACUUCUUAA